AUGGAGUAUAUUUGCACAAAUUUUCUCGUACAAAACGAUGCAGAGAAGCAAGAUAUACAAAACUAUGAACCUAUCGUCUACCAGGAACCUUUCAAUCAGGCAGAAUUUGCCGAUUAUUUUCAAAUGUUCUACGACUACAGACAAGACAGGGCUGAUUAUCAGAGCCAGGAUCAGAUUCAAGGCCUGGAGACAUACCAUGAGCAGUGGGAUUGGAAUGCUGAGCAGGUGUUCGUAAAGGAAGAAACGGAAGCAGAGACGGCGGGAUCUACUAGUAUUAGCGAGGAAGAGAUGCGCUCUCCCUCAGCGAGCCGCAAGGAGCGUACAGCUUUCACGAAAGCUCAGAUACGAAGCCUGGAGGCGGAGUUUGAGCGCGCCAACUACCUCACGCGCUUGAGGAGAUAUGAGAUAGCUGUGGCUUUACAUCUCACAGAGAGACAGGUUAAAGUCUGGUUUCAAAACAGAAGAAUGAAGUGGAAACGAACUAAGGGCGGCUCCAGACACAGCAAGAGACAGGAGCAG